UCUGCCGUGUGAGGCUGUACAGGGAGACUAUUCCUGGAAGAACAGGGGACAGUUGAUGGGUGGGUGAUUUCGGGCAUUCAGGUGGGCGACCCGCGUAGGCGUCUGAAAGGCCCGCGUCGUUAGGAAGGGUAGAAGCAGCGUCUCUGGUUACGAGGUCGGGCAAAGGGCAAAGGUCAGCGUCCCAGGGGGCAGCACCACUUUUGCGCUAUGGCGGCGUCUGGGGAACCUAGGAGGCAGUGGCAGGAGGAGGUGGCGGCGGUGGUAGUGGUGGGCUCCUGCAUGACAGACCUGGUCAGUCUUACUUCUCGUUUGCCAAAAACUGGAGAAACCAUCCAUGGACAUAAGUUUUUUAUUGGCUUUGGAGGGAAAGGUGCCAACCAGUGUGUCCAAGCUUCUAGGCUUGGAGCAAAGACAUCCAUGGUGUGCAAGGUUGGCAAAGAUUCUUUUGGCAAUGACUAUAUAGAAAACUUAAAACAGAAUGAUAUUUCUACAGAAUUUGCAUAUCAGACUAAAAAUGCUGCUACAGGAACCGCUUCUAUAAUUGUAAAUAAUGAAGGCCAGAAUAUCAUCGUCAUAGUGGCGGGAGCAAAUUUACUUUUGAAUACUGAAGACCUGAGGGAAGCAGCCAAUGUCAUUAGCAGAGCCAAAGUAAUGAUCUGCCAGCUAGAAAUAACUCCAGCAACUUCUUUGGAAGCCUUGACAAUGGCCCGCAGCAAUGGAGUGAAAACAUUGUUCAAUCCAGCUCCUGCCAUCACUGACCUGGAUCCCCAGUUCUACAUGCUCUCAGAUGUGUUCUGUUGCAAUGAAAGUGAGGCUGAGAUUUUAACUGGCCUCACGGUGAGCAGCGCUGCGGGUGCCGGGGAGGCUGCCUUGGUGCUCCUGGAAAGGGGCUGCCAGGUUGUCAUCAUCACCUUAGGGGCUGAAGGAUGCGUGGUGCUGUCACAGACAGAACCUGUCCCAAAGCACAUCCCCACAGAGAAAGUCAAGGCUGUGGAUACCACGGGUGCUGGUGACAGCUUCGUGAGCUUGGCCUUCUACCUGGCUUACUACCCAAAUUUGCCCUUGGAAGAAAUGCUCAAGAGAUCCAAUUUCAUCGCAGCAGUGAGUGUCCAGGCUGCAGGAACACAGUCAUCUUAUCCAUACAAAAAAGACCUUCCACUUACUCUGUUUUGAUUGCUAUUAACCCCAAAAUAAAUAUACCUGGUA